AUGGAAUUACUUAGUACAACAUCUGAAGUUAAAGGAGAAGAAUCAUGCUAGCUAAGCUCUUAAACUAAUUAAACAAAGAUAAAUAAAUAAAUUUAAAAGAAUAAAACCAACAUAAAGAAUCAUUAUAUACAUGAAAGUCGCAAAUAAUCAUUUAAAAAUUUUAAGGUUCAUCAAACAUUAAAACCUAAAGAACAGAAAAUGAAUUGUAUUUUUAUAAAAUCUAAAUAUUGGAAACGUAAGAAAUUAGUUGGUGUCUCAUCUAAUGUUUCAGAUAUUCAAGUCUCCAACAAGUUAGUACUUUUUAAUGAAUUACAAAUAGAAACAUACUAUGAAGAUUAAGAACCAUAUUAAAUAUAUGAUCUCUCACAAGAAAUCAACAGAGUUUCCUCUAUCUGCAAAAACAAUACAUAAAGAAUACUAGAAAUGAAUCUUUGCAGCUAAUUAGAUAACAAGUAAUAUACAUUUAAAUUUUUGAUUGACCACUUUCGUAAAAUCCCUGAACCUUAGUAUUAAAGUCUCUAUUAAUCUUUGUAAAAAUAUUAAAUGACUGUUACUUCUAUGUAUUGCAGACUUCACAGUAUAUAAAAAUAAAUUUAAAAAGAAGAAAGCUAUUACUAAGAAGUUUUGGAUUAAUCAAACGCUAUUUAUUCCAAUGUUAGAGAAAAAGUUAAAUAGUAUUGCUAAAAACUGAAUUAAAAUAGUAAGAGCAAUUAAUGUUUUUACUUAUAUAAAAUAUAAAGAGUAAAUUAUUAAUCCAAAUCAAAUGAUUUCACGUAAAUAGGAAUUUCCUACGAUUUACUAAGUGUUUUAGGACUUAACGAAGAUAGAAAUGAAAAUUUUCCUCUUUCAUUUUACAAUAGCUUAAUCUAAAUAACUAAGCAAUAUAAUGGAGAACAAAGAAUAGAUACAUAAAUUAAAAUACUAGAAGCUAUGAACAACUAUGAUGAAGAUGUCAAAGAUAUUAAAAUAAUUUUGCAGUCUUUAGACUUUUUAGACUUGUACUGCUCAGCAAAUAUACAUUAUAUCUAUCCAGAUCAAGUCCCAUCAUGGAUGGGAAAAGAGGACGUAUGCGCAUAGAUUUGGAGCUUUUCUAUAUGUGAUGAGCUUUUAUAGCAAACAAAUGAACUCAGAAAAUAGUCAAGCAUAUAAGCCGAAUACAGCUGCUAAGACAAUAUAGAAUACUGUAUGACCAGAGACUUAUUCUUCAAUAAAUUUUAUCCAACUACUCCAUCCUAGUGA